GGCGACGCUCGGAGUGCGCGAUGAUCGUACAGUUGAUGUUCGCGCGUCGGUGAAGACACAUCCUGCCAGUCACUAGCGCCAGUGACUUGUGCUAACUCUGCGAGUGUUAUAGACAAUUUCGUAUCGGUUGUGACACGCCGGUGGUUUUAUAAAGGAUCAUCCAGGUGAAUGAAGAGAUAGUUUAAAAAAAGAACCAGGCACAACAUGAAGCCUUCAGUAAAAUUUCAGGUGUUGUUCUGCCUGGUGCUAUACACGUCAUGUGUACAAGCAAUCAUGGUGAAGUUCGGCACGAAGGGAGGGCCGAUAGAGCCGCCGACGCCGGAGCCGCAGCCGCCGAUGCCGCGGUCGUACCGUGCGCCCGCACCGGUCUGGGAAGAACGGACGAACGACGCUCCAGACCCUAAUGCUCAUUGGCGACCCUUCAUCCCCCAAGAAAAGUACACCCAAAUCUUCAUAAAUUCACCAAUCACGACACCGCCACCGCAAAACAACGCACAACGCUUCGUCAACUCUUACAAGCCUGUCUACCAACCUGCUUUACAACCUGCCUUCCAAGCUGCUAACCCUCAAAAUAAAUUUUUCCAUCCUGGUCAAGUAUUGAGCUCCCAGAGUCUCCCUGGUAUCGGAUUAAGAUACUUUGUACCAUUCAAUAAUGUCGUUGAACAAAACAAAAUUUAUAAACAAGAGGACGCUAAGCAUAAUCAGGUGGAGACGAACCAUAUUGACAGUGCGAAAGAAUCAUCUAGCGAUUUGCUUUGGAAGUAUGAAAAGGAUGCAGUGCAGCGAAAUCUGAGGCACACGUUGGAGGCAACCGCACCCGUAUACCAGUGGCAAUGGCCGGCGUACGUCCAACCUCGGCAUUAAAUUAAGAUAAUCUAAAACCUUUGUUAUUACCAUCGCAGUAGCUCCUCUCAUUCCCAAUAAGUACUUAAUAGUACUAUUAUAAACAAGAUUAAAUUGGAACGUGAACAUAUAAGGCAAAAAUUAUGCUUGGAGAAUACAAUUUUAGCAAAAAUGGGAACUAUCCGACUAUACAUAUAUGUUACUCGAGACCUUCACUUGCUUUGUUGUGCUAUAAUGGAAUCUUAAUGGCUUUUAAUAUUAUAUUCAUGAAGGAAGAAGUAUAAAGGAGUCACGAAUCAGAAUGAGUUGAGGCAUGACAAGGCAACAAUUAUGCCAACUGUGAUGUUAUAGAUUUUAUAGUAGUGUUUAAUAAAAGUGCCAGAUAUUAUUUUAUAAAAAUCACAACUACUUUUGAAAUCACUUUUCCAAUAGUUUUAACAAUUGUACAUUCCACAAAUGAUAAUAUCAUAUGAUUAAGCAAUAUUACCUACUUACCUGAAUAGGAACGUUUAGCUAGAUAGAAAUAUCUUUUUGGCUAAAUAAUAUAUUUUUUGGCUAUAUUAGUAUUUUUGGAAUGUACAACUGAAGUACAAACUUUUUUUUAGAUUUGCAAUAAAACAAAUAGAGGGUAAACUUGUUAGAAGAAACAAAUUCUAUAUAUUUUAUUCAGUGGGGAUAAUAAUAAGUGUUAUUAUUUUACUGCAUAUUUAAAAAAAUAAAAUACUUCGUGAAUUAUACGUAAAGUUUUACUUACAAUUUUUUAAACAUUAUAUUAGGACCACGUUAGGUAGAUUUUAAAUUUUGGAAAUGGUACAGCAAGUGUCCUGCAAAAUUCCACACAGGUACAAGGCGUUAUUUUAAAAGGCUUACAUGAUAUGUUAUAUUUAUCGGGCUGGGAAGUUCUAAGCAAUUUUAAAUUUUAUCGUAAAAGACAAUUACGCAUAUCAAUGCUAUAAAACUAAAAAAUUAAAUAUUCUAGUUGUUUGUAGUUUGUUGUUAUUUACCUGCAAUAUGCUUUUAUGUAAGAAAGUUUUGAAUAUAAACUAUAUAAGAAUGUUUUAUCGUUAAAGCGUACUUAUAUUUGUUGUAUAAUUUAAUAAUUUGUAUCUACAUUUUUAUUUCAUAACUAAAUCUACAAACGACUUUAAAUUAUGUAACGUAAAAUUACAAAUGAAUGCCAUUAUACUCUUUUAUUUUGAUCAUUUCGCUGCUAGCUCAUCUAAUAACCGAGAGCCAAACAUUUUCAAAAUUGGUUAGAAAAAAUGUCAUAAGAAAAUGAUGUAUUGUAUUAUAAAUACUGAUCACAUACCGUACCUAAUUGUACUUUUAUAUUGUUCGUAUCUUAAUGUUGUAUUUGUAAAAGUUGUAUAAUAAA